GAAGAAUGAAGUGUUGUAAGUUCAUUGCAGUGGCUUUGAUGAGUCUUCUAAUCACAUUGGCUUCCAUCGAAGCAGCUGGUGAGUGUGGUCGCAUGCCCAUUGGUCAAGCCGCGGCUAGCCUAAGCCCGUGUUUAGCUGCAACAAAGAACCCGAGGGGUAAGGUUCCACCUGUUUGCUGUGCCAAAGUAGGUGCUCUCAUUAGAACCAACCCUCGUUGUCUUUGUGCUGUCAUGCUCUCUCCUUUGGCCAAGAACGCUGGUAUCAACCCUGGAAUCGCAAUCGCUAUUCCCAAACGUUGUAACAUCCGCAACCGCCCAGCUGGCAAGCGAUGUGGACGUUACAUUGUUCCAUGAAGAGUCAACCUCGGUUUGGAUCUUUUAAGAUCAAAAAGAUGACAUGUUCUUGAGAUUUUAAAAUAAAUGUUUUCACUUACCUUUGUAGAGGAGAAAUGUGAUCUAUGUAUACCUUAAUAAUCUAUGUUGUUGGACUAUAUAUGAAUAUAUGCAUUAUUUAUUGCAAUAUGAAUAAGGACAAUUCUC